AUGAGGAAUGAAAUUCACAUUUGUAAAAAUGAUUUCGAACGUCGCAGUUGUGCUGAAAUUUUUGCGAUAACGCAAAUACAAUCGGGUACCGUUGUAAAAAGAUCAAACGCUGAGAACCAGUGUGGUGUAUCCUUAAGAGCUGGCGGACUAAUCUACAAUGGCAAAGUGGUGAAAAGAAAUCAGUGGCCGUUCUUGGUGGCAUUGAUGCUUAUUGCCGAUGGGAAGUUUUUCUGUGGUGGAACUCUCAUUUCACGUAGUCACGUCCUAACAGCUGCACAUUGUCUCCAAGAAAAAGGUCAGCUUACACUCAUAACACCAUCACAAUUUGUUUUGCAUCUCGGAAAAUAUAAUUUGAGUCUUGUCUAUGAACGCGGCUCAAUCACAGCUUUUCCUGAAAAGAUAAAAAUUCAUCCUAAUUGGAAUAUUUAUCAAGUGAAAUAUGAUUCAGACAUUGCAUUAAUUAAAAUUGUUAGAACUGUUCCUUUAGACGUCUGCAUUAGAAAUGAAAAAUAUUCAAACUGUUUUCGGAUGGUAAGUUCUCUGAUAUUUUAUCAUUCAUUCCAAAUUGACUCCUAUGUGAAACUCAGGGGAGCUACUGAAGAUCAAUUGAUAACCCAAAAUCAAUUAAUUCCAAGACAAAUCGAUCUGAGGAUUGUUACAAAUGAAGUUUGCUAUGAAGACGAAUUUAUGGCAGGUUUAAUUUCAAGUCGCACAUUUUGUGCUAUCGGUGAAAAUGGAAGUGGACCAUGUAAAGGUGAAGUGAAGGAAUAUUGA